UAUUCCUUUUUGGAAUUUUUUUUUUUUGGUGUGUGUAUUUUACGUGUCCUAAACCUACGAACCAUAAAUAAUAGUUAGUUUAUUAGAACGCAGCGUGCUUGGAGAGUUUAUAUUCACUGGUGGUGUCAUUGUGAAUCUGGGAAGAUAUAAACGCAGAGAUGCAGUUGCUGUGGGAGCCCUCAUACUUCCUCAGGGAUUCCUCUAAUGGCACAAGCACCGAGGUGACGUAUGGCUUCGUGUCCUGCGCAGUGUCGGCCCUCUUCUACGGGAGCAACUUUGUUCCUGUAAAGAAAAUUGAUACAGGCGAUGGCAUGUUUUUCCAGUGGGUGCUUUGUGCUGCUAUAUGGACAGUGUCUCUGAUUGCGAACAUCAUCUUGAGCAGCCCAAAGUUCUGGCCUCUGGCUAUGCUGGGAGGAGCUGUUUGGGCUACAGGUAACAUCACAGUUGUGCCCAUAGUUAAGACCAUUGGUCUUGGCCUGGGUCUUUUGAUAUGGGCUUCCUUCAACCUCUUGAUGGGAUGGGCCAGCUCACGGUUUGGCUGGUUUGGUAUCGAGGCAGAGAAAGUCAGCAACCCAACACUUAACUACUGUGGAGCUGGGCUGUGUUUGUUUAGCGCCAUCGUGUUCUUCUUUGUGAAGACUGAUGUUCAGAGGCCUGCUACUUCUGAAGAGACGCCACUGCUAAUCGACAAUAGUGUCAAUGUUGACCAUCAAACAUCAGAUAACUCGUGGGUGGACAUGUUGCCGCCAUUCACUAAGCGUCUUGUUGGUUCGGUGCUUGCUGUGGUAGCCGGACUCCUGUAUGGCUCGUCGUUCAUCCCUGUGUUGUACAUCAAAAACCAUGCUGAUCAACAAGGCAGCAGGUUUGUUGGGGCGAGCCAGUUCGAUCUGGAUUAUGUCUUUGCUCAGUUCAGCGGCAUCUUCCUCACCAGCACGGUGUACUUCCUCAUCUAUUGCGCCUUCAAAAAGAACAAACCGCAAGUGUUCCCUAAAGCCGUGCUGCCAGGGUUUGUUUCUGGGGUGAUGUGGGGUGUGGCCACAUGCUGCUGGUUCCUGGCCAAUCACUACCUGAAGCCGGUGGUGAGCUUCCCGAUAAUCACUACGGUUCCUGGGCUCAUUGCUGCUUUAUGGGGUGUUGUGGUUUUUAAGGAAGUGAAGGGACUGAAGAACUACCUGGUGCUCAUCCUGGCAUUUUGUAUGAUCCUGACUGGAGCGUUACUGACCAGUUUCUCGCUGUAGUUGCACAUCAACACCACAUGGUGGACACAGCACCAAACCAUUCCAUAUGGUCACUGUUAACCUUGAACUGUUCUAUACCUCAGAAUGAUGUGCUCGUUAAUGUCUUGAUUACUGUAAGUCAGUAUCUGAAAGUCAGACAGUAGAAGACAUGACGGAGUCAGUGCCAAUUCUUUGGACAGACUGUAACUGACCUGUAACAUUCACUGCAUUUACAGCACCGAGGAUCUCACUUUAUUUUUCAAGUUGCACAUUUUACAAUUACUGCCAGUCACUGAUUAGAUGUGUGAACCAUGUCGUGUGCUUAUUAAGUGUGUUAUUGAUUUGCUGUCACUGUUUUUUAAUGUUAUUGUGAAGGGAUUGCAAUCAGGCAGCUGAUUAUGAGGGCGAACGUCAUCAGAAUUUUAAGUUUAAUAAAGGCUCUUUUUGAUAAGUAA